UUCGAAAUUAGGGUUUAUAUUUCUUUUCCUUUUUUCUUGUGGCCAUGGAAACCGAAACUGAUACACCCAAAGUCUACACGGUGGUGGCAAAUCUAUCAAAAAUAUUCACGAACACGGUCGAUAUCCUCUUACAAGAAGUGAUCCAAGACGAAACAGGAGUGGUACAAGUUGUAGCAUCGGAUCAUAUCAACUUGAACCUAAGUGGCGGCUUCACGCCAAAUCAUCUCUCUCGUCUCCUUCACGAGAAACAAGUACCCGAGUCUCAAUAUCUAGGUCAAAAGAUCGCUCUUGAUAUCAAUCGUGAACUUGCUAAUGACGAUUCUCUUCGAGAGCCUGCUUUCGUAUUUGUCACUGUCGAUUUCAUCAGAGAGACACGUUUGAUUCUACCACCUGAUGAACCUACUCCCUCAAGAGGUGCUUCCCGUGAAGUUCUCCAGAGGUUAGCGGACCAACAGAGAGUACUUGAAGUCAAGAAAAACGAGAUUCACUGUUCAAUUUGUAUUGAGGAUUUGUCCAAGAAUCAUCAAAAAAUCAUUGAGAUGCCUAAAUGUUUGCAUAGGUUUCAUCAAGAUUGUCUCUUUGAAUGGCUUGGUCGGCAAAACUCAUGUCCCUUGUGCCGGAGUGUUCCGUACGGCUUGGAUCAAGAAACAGAGUCUUAAUAAGAUAUCAAAUUAGGGUUUGUGAAUUAUUUCUCUGUAUCAGAUAACAUUGGGUAUAUGUGUUUGAAAUUUUUGUAACUUUUAGUAUAAAACUUGAAAUCCU